CGUACGGACGCGAACUCAGUUGCUGAUGUGAAGUGUGCCCGAACGGAUCGAGAGGAGAACAUUUUUGUGCAAAAAAAAAAACUAUCUAACCGUGUUUCUAGUGAUUUGUUUGUAUAAAAGCAACACCGAGUGAGCUAAGAGCGACGGUACGAGUGCUUUGAAAGUGAACCCAAAUUCCACCACAAAUAACACAAAAUGAACUGUUGGAAAAGAAACAAUACUCCCGUGUCGAUCGCAAUGGCCAGCAUUCUCGUGCUGGGUAGUGUAGUGUUUCUCUGCCUUCUACCAACACCAGCCACCGCACAGCCGAUCGAUAUGUUGGAUCAAAUCGGUUCGGAAAGUAGACGAAUGUUCUACAAAAUGCUCGAAUAUCUGGGCGACUACGACGAGCUGGAGGAUGAGGGACCACGGGAGCGCGAGGAAAAGGUUGGCUCGCUACCGCUGCAGACGAGCAAUCGGGUUGAGGUGGCCGGGGCACGUGAUGAGCAGUGCAAGCUGCCCCCGAGACGUGGUGUGUGCCGAGCGCUUCUUCCCCGUUACAGAUACGACCCAGCCCAGAAGGAAUGCAUCGAAUUUAAAUUCGGUGGCUGCGACGGAAACGCGAACAACUUCAUGUCCUACAAACAGUGCAUGGAAGCCUGUAAAGGUGUUUGAAACGAAGACCGGUGUAACAGUGCAGCUGUGAUGCAUCGAAGGUUCGCCGCCUUGCUCACUACUAGCGGUCGUCCUUCUUUUCUCACACCUACCACCACCCACGCCCGCCCCCCCCCCCCCCCACCAAGUGAUAUGUAGUGUGUUAAGAACCGUGCCGCGGAACCAGCGGCCGCUUUCCCGUAACGGCGGGAAAGAACAUAUGCAGUAGUUCGAUAAGCUUCGCUCAGCUCAGCUCUUCCUAUCGUUAGUAUUUAUUGAGUCCAUCUGUUCGAACAGACCCGUUACAUUGUGGUAAUAAAUGUCGAACUUCCGAUUGUGUUGUUUAA